AUGUUUUUUCUCGGCAACCUGUUCUACGUCACCUGCCUCCUGAUCAAUGCGGUGGCUAUUCUCUCAGAGGACCGCUUUCUGGCGCGCAUAAACCUGUCUCCGGGAUCGCACGAUCCCGGAUUCGGCACGGGCUCGGAGCCGCAGAGCGUGCAGGCCAAGAUUGUACACUUGAUUGCCAGUUGCCUUUAA